AUGAUUCACUCAGUUGCUGUGAGAGUUUGUCCCAUUCUAGAUUCUAACGAUGUCCCUUGUAUUCAAGUCACGCCUAACUCAGCAAUCUUAUUUGAUGAGGGUGGCACGCGUAAUAAACUUCGGAGAUAUGUUUACGAUCACGUGUUUGAUGAUAAAUCUACGCAAGAAAUUGUUUACCAAAAAACUACAGCCGCACUUGUUAAGGAUGUUUUAAAUGGUUACAGUGCUGCCGUGUUUGCUUAUGGUGCAACUGGAUCAGGUGAAUUCUCAUACAUUAAUUAA